UCUUACGUGUUUCUUAAAGUGUAACAACAAUAAAUAAAAAUAAAUUGUUCGCUCUAAACCCUUAGUCGAAUGCAGCAGGUAGAGCUGGUCAUGAAACUUGAUGUAUAUGUUGCGUCGGCUCAUUUUGUGCACGCCAACACAUCCAGUUUCAAAACUUUUAGCUCGGCAGCUAAUUCCCCCACUGACAUUCGUACAGACCUCUGACGAUGAUUUUGAACGGCUUAUCCAUGACUACAUCAUGGGUAAAGUACUCUACCUCGUUUUCGGUCAAGUAAUCCUUUUUUCUGUUUGAGUAUUAAGACAUUAAAUCCUGAUUACAAGGACUAUUGUAUCGUGUUACCCAUUUUUACUGUUAUUGAGCAUUUCCAGAUCUAUAACACAGUUCCUAUUGAGAGGAAAAGUGCUGUUCCAUCCAGAUGCUGUAAACUCCUUACCUUGUGCCUUGUGCGCUAUAUAUCGCUAGGUGACAAUUUUUUCGAGUCAUUUUUCAAGCUCUUCCCAGCAGCUAUUAUUGGCCGCGCGGGGUCUUGUAAAGACAAUUGUCUUUUUGCGGUGCUACUUUUGCGGUGUUCCCUUUUGCAAUGAUCUGGACAAUGCGACUGGACUGCAGUGCAAUACCGAUCGGCUGGGCAUUAUUCACAUGCGAAGAUACGAGGAAAGUGUUUUGGGAAGAGGCGCAAAGGAAUAUCCAAAGAUCGAUCACAUGCUUGAAGAGCACGUGAAGCAACCGUUUUAUACUCAUGCGGUUGCUGCUACCUCUGAACUUAAAUCUAAGGCUGCCACCAUGAGAAGAACCCAUGACUUUCCGCUUAUGAGGCGAAACCCGUAACCAUUCGGCCAUAGGAGGUUGGCCAAGUAAUCCUUGGCCAGUUGAUAGUGCUGCCUAGAUUGCACCAGCACCUUAAAUCCAUCCUGACACAGACGAAUAUUGUCUUGGACUUUCCCAGACAUAAUGAGUUCAACCUGCCCCGCUCGAAAGUCGAUCGUUGCUGAUGGUUGCCGCACAUAAAAAGGAGGCAGUUUCUCCUUUCGCUGUUUCACUUCAUUCUCCUUUGCUUCCGCUACCUGGUCUUCGUCAGAGAGUCCAGCGUAUUUGUUGUUUUCAAAAGCUGCACCUCGUGCGAUGAAGAGUUCUCCUCCUCCUCAUCCAUCGGUACAGUACCGUCGCUCUUUUUCGUCUUUUUGCUGUUCGAUGUCACUUUCAAAAGCACCUUCCUUUUGGAAAUCCCAGCCUUUUGGCCUUCAGCUGAGGCCUCAACCUUCCUUUUGGAAAUCCCCACUUAUAUGCCUGCUUGAGCCGCAGGUAAGGCAAUAUUGCCGGCGUUUUCCGCCGGGACGCGACGAGUCCAGGGAUCUGACACGCCUGCAGUUUCCUGAAAGACCAGAGCCAGAGGCGCUGUCAAUAUUGUUUACGUGCGGUUUUUGAAAAGGUCGUAUGUUAUUAUUUUUUGUUGCGCCCAGAACUGGGCAUCGGCAUAGCUAGGAGCGGCCGUGGCUGACUGGUUACGGUGUUCACUUUGUAAGCGAAUGGUCCUGGGUUCGAUUCCCACCUGCUCCCAACGAGAAAGUAUAGGAAAUAAUAAUCUUGAAACAUCUAAACAUGAACGAAAAAUCAAAGUCGCUCGAGUCGGGGUUCGAUCCUCCGUCCUUUGGAUUGGUAAGCAAAAAUGCUAACCACUAUGCCAUCACGGCUUGGUGAGCUAUGACUGGAAUUAGAAAUACUGUUACUACUAUAUACGCGCUGGGUCCUUGUCCAUUCGACAAGGGUUCGGAAGUUCUAAAUAACGUUUGAAUCCGAUUGGUGCAAACGUUCUUCAGGGCGGGGCUUGUCGAUAAAAGCUGAGGUACCUCGCGCUCGGCUAGCCAGCGUAGAAAUGUGUCACCAAAGCUCGGCAGAGCUAACACCUUCCAAAUGCCUAUGCGAGUUAUUUGCAAGUAUAGAAUGUUAAAAUCUAAAAAUACAUGGAAACAACUCAAUUUGUAACAAGUGGCCGCGUGGUCCCGUUUGGUUGGUUGCACACACCCACACCCACCCAGAACUGGGCAUCGGCAUACGAGAGGAUAAAGAGCUCGAUUCGGUAGUAAAAUGGUACUGUGUGCGGACGGAGAAGAUAAAUCCCGAAAUUACCGAGAGUACUUUACUCAUGGGUUCAUCUUCAAAAAAAGUUCAUCUAUAAAAAAAAGUACCGGUACCGAGACUCGAACCCAAGACCUUCGGCUUAUUGAACCGUGCCUUUGCCGUAUGGGCCACCAUGGUUCGGUGACUAAGUGGCGGUCAUCUGUCCAUAUAAGCCACUCAAUAGGAUGAACUGUUCCAAUGAACGAAUGAACACGCGAGAGGACCAUUUUCGUGAGGACUAUCCCCUCGUUCUUUAUCUUUGGGUGUAGUUUUUACUAUCUUUUGCAUAUAUUUGCUAGAUAAUUACAAUUAUUACGUACAUUUUUUCACAUUUUACAAUUAUUAGAUCAAUAAAAAAGUCCUACUUGACGAUUCAAGUAAUACAAUACAACACACAUCUUAGCUAAAAUACUGAAUAGCUUCAGAAUAGUUAUAGUUAGUGUACCUGCGCACUAACGCGGUGUUAUGCUCCGGCCGGUCCGUUGAAUUUACUCGCAAAUCCGUUGUUUUCCGGUUCCCGUCAGCAGGUGUUGGAACCUGUAGUGAUAUGAAGUGGUGCAAAACAAAAUCCGCGUCCAGCGAUCGCAAAAUCGCCAAUAUUUCGCGCGAAAAAAUUAGUCGAUAUUGCGAAUUAGAUCUGGCCAAACAAGUGAACAAUAAAGUGAUCCUCAGCAACAAGAAGCUCGUCGUCGUCUUCGGUCCUUCGCAUCGCGGUAGUAUUGUGUGAUCGUAUCGUCGUCGUCGCGAACGGUCCGCGUGUGGUGUGGCUUGGAAGUGUGGAAGAGAUUUCGAAGGCGCACAGUGAGCCGGAGUGAAAUCGUAGUGCGACAAAAUAAAGUUUUCAAUUUAAAAUAAAAUUAAAGUUAAAGCAAGUGAGCGUUGCGCACGUGCGCCAAACACACGAUACACACGAGCUGGGGACAGCUUUUAUCGUGCUGGGCGAAAUGACGAAGCGCGUGAUUGGGUGGUGGCCAGUCAACGACAGAAUGUGCCGGUUGAGAAUCAAGGGCCGAUUCUUCAAUCUAAGCAUUAUAAACGUGCACAGCCCGCACAUGGGUAGCGACGCCGAUGACAAGGACGCUUUCUACGAGCUUCUUGACCGCGAGUACAGGAAGUGUCCAAAACACGACGUCAAGAUUGUCAUCGGCGAUUUAAACGUUCAAGUCGGCCAGGAGGAGGAGUUUAGACCGGUAAUUGGGAGGUUCAGCGCCCACCAGCAGACGAACGAGAACGGCCUACGACUCAUCGAUUUCGCUACCUCCCGAAACAUGGCCAUACGUAGAAUCUUCUUCCAGCACAGCCUCCUCUACAAGUACACCUGGAGAUCACCGAACGACACGGAGACGCAAAUCGACCAUGUUCUCAUCGAUGGUCGGCACUUCUUGGACAUAAUCGACGUCAGAACCUACCGUGGUGCGGACAUCGACUCGGACCACUACCUGAUGGCGGCAAAGCUGCGCCAACGCCUGUCUGAGGUCAACAAGAUCCGGUACCGUCGCCCGCAGCAGUAUAAUCUGGAGCGGCUCAAGGAUCCAGAGGUCGCUACCCAGUACGCGCGGGAACUCGAAGCUGCGUUGCCUGACGAGGGUCAGCUCGCCGAAGCCCCUCUGGAGGCCUGCUGGAGCUAUAUGGAAGCAGCCAUCAACGCAGCGGCAUCGAGCGCCAUCGGGUACGUGGACCGAGUUCGACAGAACGGCUGGUUCGACGAGGAAUGUCAGGCGAUUUGGGACGAGAAGAAAGCAGCGCGGGACAAGUUGCUGCUGCACAACAACCGUGGGAACAAGGAGUCGUACAAACAGUUGCGAAGAUAGCAAACCCAUCUCUUUCGGGACAAGAAGCGCCGCCUGGAAGAGUUGGAGUGCCGAAAAGGACAAGGCCAGCUUCCUGCAGGAACUGCAGCUGUUCCACGGCCGUAAUGCGUAAGAAGGAAGCUUGGGUGUUUUGGGGGGUUUGUGAUUGAUUUUGUUUGUUUUUGUAAGAUGAGAGGUAGGAAUGUGGAUUCGCACCGGUUGUAUUCGGUGGUGGUGGCCCGGGAUUGGAGAUUGAAGGUCAAUUCCCGCGAGGACUGGGACGAGAUCAUCGAGGAGAUGGCGCUGCCGAAGCGUGGCGUGAACAACGAGAUUGCGUUGAAGAAGAUCAUCUUCCGGUUUUUGGACAAGUUUUACUUUCACGGUGAGGAGAAGGAUCCGACGAAGAGGAGGACGACGAAAAGCUACAUAAACGGAGGUGGUCAGCGCAGAUGUUGCACUCGGUACAAGCGGUUUACAACACCGCAACUUCCCGCCCACAAACACUCACCUCGCGACGGUGCAGCUUCAGCCGAAUGAAUCUGGACAGGGAGCCAAAAAAAAUCUGUGUCAUUCCCGAAGUAGGAUUACGUGCUCAAAAUCGAAUUCCGUUCCGAGGGCCUCAUCAACUCCAUGUUCCGGAUGCGCUUCCAGGAUCGGGAACUCCCCGUUCAGGCACUUUACUUUCCAACCGGAAAACGUCGACCACCCUUCCCGAAUCAACGUCCAACUCCUCCAAGACUAUCCUGAUUGAGGCCGGAAACGUGACCAUCGUGUUACACUGCUGUCGCGCGUCGAAACCUUCAUCCGGAACCGUCCUGGGGUAUUCGGAAGUGACCGGUGGCGUACCGUAUGAAUCGGUACAGUUUGGACUCGGAUAUUGGCCUAACUUGAGCAGAAGCUAGUGGAGAAGCCUUAAAUACAAUAAAAAAGGUGCAGGUGGUUAUGUUACACAUGACCAGUAUGACAAAGAACUUAGCAGAAAAGCUUAUAAAUUAAGCAAUUUUGUUGAAUUAUGCGUCAGAUAAAAUCAAAACAUUAUUGGAUUUAUAAUUUCGUUUAAUUUCUCUUUAAGCUCCGUAUUAAAAAACCAUGAUAUCUCUAUAAUUCGAUGUUUGUCCCCCAAUCGGAACAAUCGUGAGGUAGCGGCCUCUCCAGAUUGUUGCCACCUUUUUCGAAAUAGCCAGUAUUGUAAACCAUGAGUUGUGAUACCCAUAUUGCCAAAACUCGUUGGUUCAAUAGAUGUCUUCCCGGGAAAACUUUCCUUUAGGGCACCGGCCACUGCAGCUUUUGGCCAACUUUUUCUAAAUUGCCAUUUUCAUUACCAAUAUCAAAAACCAUGCAAUUUGAUACCAAUAUUGCCCAAAAUCGUUUAGUUCGUUAAAUGUCCACCCGGGACAACCUCCCUGAGGGCACCGAUCACUCCAGGUUGUAGCCAAUACUGUCAAAUUGGCCAUUUUCAUCACCAGUAUCAAAAUCCAAGAAGUUUGAUACCCAUGUUGUCCAGUCUAGUAUGGCCUUCCAUCGGAACACCCCUGAGGAAUCUGGCCACUCCGGGUCUUGUGGCCAGAAUAUUCCGGUGGCUCUUAAUUAUUCUGGCUGGCCUUCCUCCGCUUGGUCUGCUCCUAGCUCCGGGCUAGCUGCUUUUCGGCCAACUGCUUCUGGGCCUCCAGGCCAUCUGCUUCCAGGUCCAGGUUGUUGUUUACUCCUCGGCGUCCAACGAUAGAAUGAUUUCCCAGGGUUGACCGAGCGGGGUUAUAUUGGCUUAGAAUGGUGACGGAUGCCCCGCCCCUUUGCGCCGGUUAUCCCAUUCCUACGUCAUUCGCUUUUUGAUGCACUGAUGGGGAUGGGAAGUCGUGAAGGCAGCAUUUUUGCCAACGAUUUUCAUUCCAUCGUCAUCGUUCGAACCGACAACAUCGUAGCAGCAGCGGAAAAAAAUAAACGACUGGAGGAAAUCAAGAGCGAGCUCCGAGAAGAAGAAACACGCCAGCGUGUGCGUGAAAUUUAACAAAAUUGCGCUUUUCAGCGCCAACGAAAAAUUCACGAAAGAGUUAUUGUUUCAAAUGAUUCAUGCACUGCUUUUUGUGCAUUUUUAAAGCUUUUGACGCUUGGCGUUUAAUUUAAUUUAAAUCUUCCCCCAAAAUUUUCAUUAAAAAAAAGUUACAAAUAUUAACUAUUUUCGCUUGCAAGUGUCAAACGUCAAACGAUCGCAGAUGGCCUUGAACAAGCAUGCGCGUGCUUUGACCCACGCAAAAAAUCUUUCCGCUCUCUGAUUGGCUGUUUUGUUUUGCCGUGGAGUCGUGAAGGCAGCAUUUUUGCCAACGAUUUUCAUUCCAUCGUCAUCGUUCGAACCGACAACAUCGUAGCAGCAGCAGCAGCAGCAGCGGCAAAAAAAUCAACGACUGGAGGAAAUCAAGAGCGAGCUCCGAGAAGAAGAAACACGCCAGCGUGUGCGUGAAAUUGCUGCCAAAACGACGUCGAAGGAUAAAAACAAGGCCUACUUGGAUGGACGCUCGAGAAGAUGGCCACAAUAAUCAACUUCUGCUGCAAUUAGAGGGUGACGAACACGUCUCGUGCCCGUAGAGGACGACGGGUCUUAUCAGCGUUUCGUACAUGGUGCACUUUGUACGCCGGGGAAGAUGACCAGACCGUAGGGUCUUGUGGAGUCCAUAGUAGGCACGACUACCGGUGAUGAUGCGCCUCCGAAUUACUCUGCUGCAGUUGUUGUCCAACGUUACCAACGAUCCGA